AUGGCCGACGCAUCAGCACCGAUAACGGUCCGCACCCGCAAAUUUCUUACCAACAGGCUGCUUUCGCGCCGUCAAUUCGUCGUGGAGGUCCUUCACCCUGGCCGUGCCAAUGUGUCCAAAUCGGAUCUCUCGGAGAAGCUUGCCGAUAUCUACAAGGCGGACAAGGCCCGCGUUGUUGUCUUCGGUCUUCGGACACAAUUUGGUGGUGGACGGACCACGGGUUUCGGGUUGAUCUACGAUGACGAGGCAGCACACAAGAAGUUCGAGCCUCGGUACCGUCUCGUCCGGUCUGGCCUUGCCACCAAGGUGGAGAAGCCUACCCGUAAGCUGCGCAAGGAGCGCAAGAACCGUGCGAAGAAGCUGCGUGGCACCAAAAAGUCGAAGGCAGCCGAGCCUCCGAAGAAGGGCAAAUAA